AUGCAUCUCAGCGACAUUCGCGACGCGUUUGACAAGGAGAACCUUUCCGAAAAGGCAUGGCAACUGCGGUGCAAGCUUCUUCCCCACAAAGAAGAAGUCGGGCGCCCCAUUUCAGAUAUCGAGGGGAGUCUCUCCGACGACGACCCAAAGAAGCAGCAGUCGCCUAAAAACCCCACCUUCGGCGUCGAUGCCACCGUCAAGACCUACUAUGAGGGCAAGAACAGCUGCAACGGCAUCUACGACUGGGUCGACUUUCCUCCCAAGCAGAUGAGCAAGAAGGCCGCAGAGAGCCAAGAUCGGCCCGCCAUCAAAGUCUACAAGAUCAAGGACAUCGAGAAGCCAGUCAUGGCAGGUCGAUACUCGUUGGCCUAUCACCAAAUCUCUAUCCAGAACCCGACCCUCGUCGCCGCUCUGGAGCCCAUUUUCAAGAAGGAAGAUGUUCACCUCGAUCCUAGCGAUACUGCUACCUUUGAGGCUCCGUUCCGACCUCUCUUUUUUUGCUACGAUGAGAUACUAGACCUGUACAAGACGACGGACGAUAGCGCGCUCAAGGGGUACCUGCAGCUCCUAGUACGGACUCUGGAUGACAUGCUCGGCGAGACGCGCGAGAAGAAGCGCAAGCUUCAGGCCAGCGGUCUUAUCAACUUCAAAAUGGCCUGGACGUACUUCCCGCGAAACUCCGUCGUGUACAGCAGCGCUCAGAACACGGAGCUGUUGUGCAAAGUAGAAGAUACAUCGUACGAGAGGACGGAUCAGGGCGUCUUCCUAAACAUCAAGUGCAAAAUUCUAACAUUCAAUGGGGAGAGCUUCGUGUGGUCCGACCAAGAGCUCCAGAUCCCCAAGUUCGCGGGAAACCGGCCGAUACUAGAGCUCACUCACUAUCCUCUGCAGUUUCAUUUGAACAAAGAAGAACUACUGCAGAGAACUCUAACGAGGGGCAAGAAGAGCAAGCACAAUGUGGAGGGCAGAAUCCUCAUUGAUGUUGUCGGGUUCAACAAGUACGAACGGACUCAGGGCAAAAGAGAAAACGACGACGCCGAAACGCGACGGAAUCCAAUCGCACCCGAGUCCGCCCUCUCCUCAAGCGAGACUUUCGGGUCCGAGAUCAAGACCCUCCUCGUUUCCCGCUCCAAUCCUGGCUCUACCGCGAGUCCGCAGUCCACCGUCAAUGCCGCGACUCCGCUUCCGCAUAUCGACAGAUGCGCGCUAGAGAUCGCGAUCGGACGUCAGUGGCCGCCGGAAGAGGAGGCCCACGCGAUGCUCGAGAUCGUCAUCUUCAACGUUGGUAUUUCGCAGCAGCUUUUCGACGUACGUGCCUUUUCGGACAACUUAUCCGUCUUGUAUCACGAGUCCAGUGCCGAUGUGCGGUUGACAGAGACUUGGAUUGUGGAAGCACUGCUUGUCUUUGCGGUUGGGAGGCUACUGCAGGGACGGGAUGAUGAGGACGGAGAGCUUCCGGGGACGAUGUACUUCAGGGAAGCAGUGAAGAGGACGCCUUUACUGAGUGACCUGCGGAAGCAUGGGACUAUUGGGGUGGAAAUCAUGGCUUUGACCGCGUUAUACUUGCAAAUUUCAGAUCGGAAAGAUGAUGCAUAUCUGCAUUCUAAUACUGCCUUACGGCUGGCCAUCAGCCAUGGUCUACAUCGGUCCAGCAGCUCUCAGAAUCCACGCCGCUCGGAGAAUGUCCAUCGGAACAGGUUAUGGUGGUCUAUCUACAUGCAGGAAAGGAGGUUGUGCGCCGCAGGCGGAUUCCCCAUGUCCAUUGAAGACUACGCGAUAACGACAAAGUCCCCGUACGAGGUGUUGGGAUUCCCAUCCGCCACAGCAUUGGACGUCAAUGUUCAAGCGGCGAGGAUUACCGGAAAGAUAACCGCCACAAUCUACUCACAAAGAGACGAGCCUGAGACAACUUUCAUCAAUAAUGUUCAAGAUAUUCUGCACUCCUUGUACGAAGUGGAAAAGAACAUGCCAUCCGAGUACUCGAUGGAAAUCAAGCCCUCUGGGCUGACCGUUGCAGGACGGCCCUUCAUGGAAGCCGCCACCACAGUAUCAAGAACUAGCUCCAGCUUACAUGUCUCGGUCUACUCGGCUGUAAUACAUACCGUUCGGCCAAUCCUACUGUACAUGGCUCGAAAUAGUCGCGAUCCAGAUCGCGAAGACCACAGCGGUGUCAGGCCUGCACUUGUACGACUUGCAGAGAUUUGUGUCGAGACGGCAAGCAAGAUCCUCGUCAUCCUGCAAGAACUUCGGAAGAGUGAGAUACUCGCAAAGAACGCAUUUCUCGACCUAGACGCAACAUUCUCCGUGGGAUAUGUGUUUGUCCUCGUUCAAGCCAUCAAUCCUGGUAAAGGGCUUGGGCACAAAGGUAUCGACGGAUCAAGGGCCAUUCUCAGGUACCUUGCCGCCCUGGGUAAUCGACCUGCAGCCAGACGCUUGGCAGAACUCGACCAGAUGUGUUCGCAUCUCGCCCUGCCUGUCUAUCAAUCUGGCAUUCAGCCCCUCGAAGAGUCACUCAUGGACCUCAUGGCGCAGCCCUUUUCAUUCUCGACUAGUCGCAGACACAGUUAUGCGGGCCCAGAAGGACCAUCAACAAGCGAAGGUUCGGCAAUAGCGAACAUCCAGGGGCUAUCAAGCGUCCAGGAUAGCACUGAUUCAACGUCGGAAGUCCAGGACAUGGAUGGCCAGCACGACUUUGGCUUCAGUGGCGCUGACUUGGCGAGUAUACCUCUGGAGGGCGAGAACAGCCUGUACUGGGUCUACCACACCCCCGGAUUCUCGUUUACUGGAGUCGAACAGACGGAUUGGGAAGCUUUAGAGAACCAGAUUCCGUGGCAGCAAUGAUAGCUGGAUCCUUCGGCCUCUAAUGAAAUCUAGUCCACCGCAAAGGGCCCGGUACCCGGAACCGACAUUUUAAACGUAUCCCGGUGACUUGUCAAUGUGGAAGGAGGCUGUUCUAACGCGGACACGUCUAGCUCAACGCCAUCAUUCCGAGCCCGAAGAACCUGACAUGUAGCAGUGCUCGGGUGUAGUUCCCGAGGGCAAGUGGACCCGCGGUCUAUGCCCCGGGCUCCUUGCACACGAUACAGCCAGCCGAUAGUAGAGGACGCUGGCUUCGUAUCCCGAGCGACUCGCUGAACUGCACCUCUCCAGAUUGCCGGUUUGCGGAGAGUCUGGGGCAAACCCCGCAAUCCUCUGAGCUCCACGAUGAAUCAAGCGCUUCCCCAGAUAAUCAC